ACAAAUAUCUGAGAAAUGUUCAUUUUAAUGAGCUUAUGGAGGCUCAGGAGAAUUACGUCAUUUUCAGCUUGUAUAGUCAACUGGACGUUGGUUUCAAUGAGACGGAAGUUGGGACAUAUUAUUGGUCAGAAUCUGGAAGCUCUCUUGAAAUCAAUACCGAAAAGAUAGUAUGGAAAAAAGACACCCACAACCAGACUCUAAAGUCCCAGUGUUCUCCCAACUGCCCCCCUGGCUCCAGGAAACUUCUAAGGGAAAGAGCGCCGCCCUGCUGUUAUGACUGUGCCAGAUGCUCCGAGGGGGAAAUCUCCAAUGUGACUGCGCGAUCGAGAGAGAAGGGCUAUUGAGACAUUUAAUACCGUGGAGCCAAGUCGCAAGUUCCCUUUAAGAUCUAAUGACCGCCGAGUGAAGCAGAUUCCCCCUUCCGAUUUUAACAAUGAUGUGCGUAGGUCAGCACGCUCCAAGCGCCAAGGAGGGACUAAUCAGCACAUGGAACGGAGAGACGCUUUGGAUGACUAUGAACAGCAAUCUUUUUUAGGAAGAGACGAUCAUCCGACAUAUCGUCUAAGGGAACGGAAAAGGGACAAGAGACCUAUGUUCUGAACUUGUCUAGUAAAUCUCUGACAGCAGCACAAUCUUCAUUAUUAGCAAAAGGUUUGUCAUUUUCUCCUACCAGAAAUUUUGAUGUCUUGGAAACAUUAAUAGACAUAAAUAGAUUUGUACGGAAGCUCACCCUAAAAAAGUAUUUCAAGAACGAAACUAUCAAUCAUAAUGAAGGUGAUAUAGAUUUGCAAGCUUCACAAUCCGUCCAUAUAAUUGAGAAAAGCAAUACUGGUUCCCUUGAGACAAGAUCUGAGAUUAGUAGAUUAAACACAACAGAUACAAAUCUCUUAUUCAAGGAUGAGCAAUGCUUGCAAAAUUUAAUUUCCCUACAGUUUGAAUCCGGCUCCGACUACGGUCGGGUUGGUAUCAGUCCUACCACACUUAAAGAAAAAUUGCGAUUCACUUCUGACUUUUAUCCUAUACACUGCAGGGGGGAAGUGAUUGAUAGAUUCCAAGAGUUAGUUGAGAACAAGUUGUUGGUACUACAAGCAGAAACAAAAGGUAAAUAUCCUCGUUCCAAUUUAACUGCAAAAGAACGUUACGCUUUACGAUCUUUAUGUGAUGAUCACUCACUAGUGAUAAAGAAUGCUGAUAAAGGGGGUAUGGUGGUGGUCUUGGACAGUGCGACCUAUAAAACAGAGGCCAUGCGACAACUUCUAGAUGUCUCCACUUACCAGCCCUUAUCUAAUAACCCUUCACAAGCAUAUAAGGAGAUUCUGGUGGGUCUUAUAGACCUGGGAUUUACCAGAGGUAUUUUUUCAGCAAAAAUUAGGGAUUAUUUGUUACCGAAACAUCCUAGGAUACCUAUUUUUCACCAUCUACCGAAGGUACAUAAAAAAGAACGCCCUCCCAUAGGGAGACCAAUAGUUUCAGGGAUAGGCUCGUUGAAUGAGAGGCUUUCAGAACUUAUUGACUUGUAUCUUCAACCCCUCGUUCAACGUCUGACUUCAUUUGUACAAGACACCAAACAUGUUUUACAGAUCAUAGAUUUGAUUGAAUGGGAUGACACUUUUGCUUGGGCCACUAUUGACGUGGCGUCACUUUAUUCCUGUAUCCCUCAUGACAGGGGAUUAACUGCCAUCUCCUAUCAUCUUGAGAGAUACAGUACAUACGAUGUUGCUACACAGAACUUUAUUUUAAAUGCAAUAGAUUUUUUACUCACGCACAAUUUUUUUAAAUUUGAUGGCACGUUUUAUCUCCAGAAAUGUGGGACGUCGAUGGGUGCGAAAUUUGCGCCCACCUACGCCAACCUAUAUAUGGGUUGGUGGGAGGAGUCCCACAUUUAUGGAGACACUUCAGGUUAUGCACAUAAGAUCGUCUUAUAUAAAAGAUAUGUUGACGAUCUCUUAUUAAUUUGGUGUGGGACAGAAGGGGAAUUCACUCACUUUGUAGAUAAGAUAAAUAUUAAUGAUCUUAAUUUAAAAUUCACUUAUGAGUUUCACAAACAAACUAUUUCGUUUUUAGAUCUAUCUCUAACCAUUAGGAACACUAGAAUAGACACCUCCAUUUUUAGAAAAACCUGCUCUGGGAAUUCCCUCUUGAGAGCGGACUCAUGCCAUCCGAGCCAUUUAUUUAAAGGUAUCCCUUUGGGACAAUUUAUCCGUCUUCGGAGAAAUUGUAACACUGAUAAAGCUUUCUUGGAACAAUCCCUAUUAUUGCGGGAUAGAUUUUUGGAAAGAGGCUAUACCCAUCAUUCCUUAUCACUAGCCUUUACAAAAGCUCUGCGUACGGAAAGAACAGAUCUACUCACUAACACCAACAAGGUGAGAGAUAAAAUUAUGAAUAGUAAGGAUACAAAGAAGUCAAUUAACAAUAAGGACUUUAUUAAGAUGAAACAUGAUCAUUUUAAUAAUAAUGAUCUAACAAAUCUGAACGUUACUGGAAUAGAUAAAAUAAUUCCAACUUUUGUCACUAGCUUCAGUAGUCAAUUUUAUAAGAUCAAACAUAUUGUUAACACUCUUAUUCCCGUACUAUAUAAUGACCCAGAUUUAGCUACAUUGUUGCAUGGUGGAUGUAGAGUAGUAGCACGAAAGGCCCCAACUUUGGGGAAUAUUCUCUCCCCAACAUUGUGGAGUUCACAACCUAAGAAAGAUAAAAUGACAUGGUUAAGAGUAAAAGGUACCUAUACUUGUGGAGCGAGUAAAUGUAUUACCUGUGCUUAUAUCAAACAAUCUACUAAUUUUCAAAGUACCGUUACUGGUAAAAUCUUUGAGAUGCCCUUCUAUGCUAAUUGUAACACAAAAUUUGUGGUAUACCUUUUUAACCUGUUCAAAUUGUUAUCUUCAAUAUGUUGGUUGUACAAUUCGUCCUCUUAAGAACAGGAUGCGAGAACAUAUCAGACAUAUAGUCUCCAAAAAUGAAAGUAGCCCGAUAGCAAGACAUUUUAUACAAUGUUGCGUUUCUGAUGUUUCCAAGUUGCAGAUACAAGUAAUAGACAGGGCCCUACCAGAUGAAAGGGACUCAGAUAGGCUCUCUAAACUGUUGCGCUUGGAAAUAAAAUGGAUUUUUGUUCUCAG